ACCGAUAAAGUUGUUGUUCUGCCAACAUGGCGGCGCCCGUGGCUCUGUGCCGGGCCGUGUGCCCCUAAAGCUGGGGACUUGGGCACGAAGAGCCGCAGGCAGAGCCUGUGAGCAGGGUGUCCCCAUCUUCUGAAGAUGGCUUCUGCUUGGCAGAGACUGGAUUUUUAUGCCUCUCUUCUGAAAAGACAGCUAAAUGGUGUGCCAGAUGUUAUCAGCUGGGGAAGAAGAGUGAUUGCUGGAUGUUCCAGAGGUAUUUACAGUGCCACUGGAAAGUGGACGAAGGAGUAUACAUUGCAGACAAGAAAGGAUGUUGAGAAAUGGUGGCAUCAACAAAUAAAAGAACAGGCCUCAAAAAUUUCAGAAACUGAUAAAUCAAAGCCCAAGUUUUAUGUGCUUUCCAUGUUCCCUUAUCCUUCUGGCAAGCUGCACAUGGGCCAUGUGCGUGUGUAUACCAUCAGUGAUGCCAUUGCACGGUUCCAGAAGAUGAGAGGGAUGCAGGUCAUCAACCCCAUGGGAUGGGAUGCAUUUGGACUACCUGCUGAAAAUGCUGCCAUUGAGAGGAAUCUGCAUCCAGAAAGUUGGACGCAAAGUAAUAUUGAACACAUGAGGAAACAGCUCGAUCGACUGGGCUUGUGUUUCAGCUGGGACAGGGAAAUAACUACGUGUUUACCAGAUUACUACAAAUGGACUCAGUACCUCUUUCUUAAACUCUACGAAGCUGGACUGGCCUAUCAAAAGGAGGCCUUGGUUAACUGGGACCCAGUGGAUCAAACAGUGCUUGCCAAUGAGCAGGUGGAUGAACAUGGCUGUUCGUGGCGUUCUGGAGCAAAGGUGGAACAGAAGUACCUCAGACAGUGGUUUAUUAAGACAACUGCUUAUGCAAAGGCCAUGCAGGAUGCGCUGGCAGACCUUCCAGAAUGGUAUGGAAUAAAAGGCAUGCAGGCCCACUGGAUCGGGGACUGUGUGGGCUGCCAUCUGGACUUCACAUUAAAGGUUGACGGGCAAGUCACAGGGGAGAAGCUGACUGCCUACACGGCCACCCCUGAGGCCAUUUAUGGCACUUCCCACGUUGCCAUCUGCCCCAGCCACAGACUCCUACAUGGGCACAGCCCUCUGAAGGAGGCCUUUUGGAAAGCACUUGCCCCUGGCAAAGAUUGCCUCACGCCCGUGACAGCUGUGAACAUGCUCACCCAGCAGGAAGUCCCUGUUGUUAUCUUGGCCAACGCUGACUUGGAGGGCUCUCUGGAUUCGAAAAUAGGAAUUCCCAGCACCAGCUCAGAGGACACCCUCUUAGCCCAAACUCUGGGCCUGCCUUACUCAGAAGUCAUUGAGCCUUUGCCCGAUGGUACCGAGAGACUGAGCAGCUCUGCUGAGUUCACAGGUAUGAGCCGGCAAGAUGCGUUUCUGGCCCUGACUCAGAAAGCCAGGAGGAAGAGAGUGGGCGGACACGUGACUAGUGAUAAACUGAAGGACUGGCUGGUCUCACGGCAGCGGUACUGGGGCACACCCAUCCCUGUGGUCCACUGCCCGGCCUGUGGGCCCGUGCCUGUGCCUCUAGAGGACUUGCCUGUGACCUUGCCCAGCAUCACAUCUCUCACUGGCAAGGGAGGCUCCCCACUGGCCAAGGCUUUGGAGUGGGUGAACUGCUCCUGCCCUCGGUGCAAGGGAGUAGCCAAGAGAGAGACGGACACGAUGGACACCUUUGUUGAUUCUGCGUGGUACUACCUCAGAUACACUGAUCCUCAGAAUGCUCACAGGCCUUUCAGCGCGGCACUGGCAGAUUACUGGAUGCCCGUGGACUUGUACAUUGGAGGGAAGGAGCAUGCCGUCAUGCACUUGUUCUAUGCGAGGUUCUUCAGUCAUUUCUGCCAUGGUCAGAAAAUGGUCAGACACAGAGAGCCUUUUCAUAAGCUGCUGGCCCAAGGCCUUAUCAAGGGACAGACAUUCCGCCUACCAUCUGGAGAGUAUCUACGGAGAGAGGAAGUAGAUCUCACAGGUUCUGUUCCUAUUCAUGCAAAAACAAAAGAGAAGUUAGAGGUGACGUGGGAGAAGAUGAGCAAGUCCAGACACAAUGGGGUGGACCCUGAGGAAGUGGUAGAGCAGUAUGGCGUCGACACGGUCCGGCUCUACGUCCUCUUUGCCGCCCCUCCUGAGAAGGAUAUCUUGUGGAAUGUGAAGACUGAUGCUCUCCCGGGGGUACUGAGAUGGCAGCAGCGUCUUUGGUCCUUGGCAACCCGAUUCAUUGAGGCCCGGGCUUCUGAGAAGGUUCCCAGGCCUCAACUACUGAGUAACGAGGAGAAAGCCCAGGCCAGGAAGCUCUGGGAGUAUAAGAACUCGGUCAUCUCUCAGGUAACCUCCCAUUUCACAGAGGACUUCUCACUGAAUUCUGUGAUUUCUCAGCUGAUGGGACUCAGCAAUGCCCUCUUGCAAGCUUCUCAGAGAGUUGUUCUCCACAGCCCUGAGUUUGAGGACGCUCUGUGUGCCCUGAUAGUGAUGGCUGCCCCCAUGGCCCCUCAUAUAACCUCCGAGCUCUGGGCAGGCCUGGCGCUGGUGCCGAGGAAGCUCUGUGGCCAUUAUGCCUGGGAUGCCAGUGUGCUGCUUCAGGCGUGGCCAGCCGUGGACCCGCAGUUCCUUCAGCAGCCCGACAUUGUGCAGAUGGCAGUUCUGAUCAACAACAAAGCCUGCGGCAAAGUUCCUGUUCCCCAGCAAGUCGCCCAGGACCAGGAUAAAGUCCACGAACUUGUUCUCCAAAGCGAGCUGGGUGUGAGGCUCUUGCAGGGGCGAAGUAUCAAGAAGGCCUUUCUGUCCCCCAGAACUGCCCUCAUCAACUUCCUGGUGCACGAGUGACUGCAGACACCUGUGACUUCUAUGGGGGCCUCUGAGGAACCUACUUCCAGGCCUGGGAUGAGGGGAAGCCGUCUGCUGGCCCGGGGCAGAGAAGAGACAGCCGCCUUGAGUAUUUACCCUGUGCUCUGGCAGACUGGCAUCACCACUGUGCCUCUGUGGUUUGGCCUGGUGCAGGGGCAAGGGCGGAUAUGGGCAGAGGAGAAACGAGCAAACAGGGAGGGAUCCAGCAGUCUGUCACCCCCACCCCACAGCAAGGUGGAGGAGGGCACCAGACCCCAGGUGAAGCCACCAGAGAUACUACGGGGUGGGAGCAGGAAGGAGGAAAGCAAAUGAGAACGAGCAUGAUGCCUCCUGAACAGCCCAGCAGCUCCUGGGCCCCAGAAAUUACACCGCCUCAGGCAGGCCCCAGAGUGUGAGGGUGAACUGAGGACCCACAUGUGGCCGUCGUGGCUGGUCAGUAACAGUGCUGGCAUCACGGUGACGGUCUCCUCACCUUUGGGCCAGAUGGAGAGGCCGUGUGUCCACAUAUGCAGUUUGUGCAGUGGCCGCUGGGUCUUCAGAGGUUGCUCCCGAACCAGAAGGCAUGCGGCGCUCGUGCUCUGCAAGCGGCCCCACUGCUGAGCCUGCUCUGAGGCCGACACACAGGCUCUCGGGUGAAGCAGCCCUUCCUAAACACUCCUCAGGGUGUUAAGUUUGCAGCAUAGUAAGGAGGAGCCAAGCUGGUUCGGAUCUCAGACGGAACCAAUCCGAGGGCCCCUGCAGCCCAGCAGCGUGCCUGCUCAUGUGGGCCACAGAGGGUGGUGCCACCACCAACGUGGCCCCCAGAGCCAGUCUUUAGAAGGAGUGAGUUCACUGCAGAGCGUGGGACUGAUGCCACCCAGGCACUGCCUCCUGUGUUCAAGCCUGGCGGCCAGCGAGACAGCCAGGAUGCACCGUGGUGUUGGGAUGCUGUGGUAAUGCUGGGUUUCUAUGAAGUCAGCAGUCAGGUGCUCUUACCAGAACUGGCCUAAGCCACUAGUUAAUAUUUAAUGGGGAAAUGGAGGAGAAUCUAGCCAUUUUGUGAUGCUGAGAAUCGGUAUUUGUUUCCUAAUGCCAUUUUUCUAAGUAGCCUCAGAUGUGGCUAUAGUUUAGCAGUUAGUAGGUGACUUUCUUUAAUGCAUUAAAAUGUUUGUCAUGUAUUACUUCGGGACAUUUGUGUGAACUUGGAAUAGCCACCAUAUUCCAAUUCUAGGAGUUAAUCAGGAACAGACUGAGGUAUCCCGUCAUCAGGACCAUUGGCAGUGUGCCAGCCUCCAUGUGGAAUGUUACAGAGGGAGGUGUAUGUGGAACUGUCAGAACAGGGCAGACUACACUGAUUCAGGGACAAUAGCAAUAGUGUUUGUCACUGGUUCUCAAAAAAGUAGCUCAAACUUAAUACCAUGCCUGGUCCCAUGCCCAGAAAUUCUGAUUUAAUUGAUCUGAGGUAUGCAUCAGGGAUCUUUAAAGUUCCAUAAGUGAUUCUACUGGGCAGCAAAGUUUGAGAACCACUGAAUUAAUUCGUGCAUUUGAACCAUGAUGUCUGACUGCUCCUUCCUCUCCGUCUUCCUCUGCACUGGGAUCAGUUUGGUCUAGGACCAAAACAUGAUGAAGUGGAGCUGGGAAAGACUGGGGCCAGAACUUAGGAGCAGAAUUUAAGACAUUCCCAGAGCUUGCUUGAGUGUCCACAGUCCAGCUCCACAUCCCAGCCAGUGUGGAUUAAAUAUAAGCAAACAGAUGAAGGUAUUUGGUGCAAGGAGGGAAGAGUAGGUGUUUUUGCUGGAUAAUCUUGUUUAUUCCUUACCAUACCUGGUAAGGUAAGCUGAGUGGUCUUGACCCCGUCAACAGGAUGAGGGUAGGGAGCCUUUUCUCUGCACACAACCUGGCCACAGCAAGAGGAUAAAAUUGUGAAAACAAGCUCAUUGGUACCACUAAGGGUUACAAUGGGACAGGAAACUGAGAGUCGGGGGCAGGGAGGUGAGGAGAGGAAUGAUCUCAAUCCUUUUUUUUAACUUCCUUGGUUAGGUCAAAAACUGGACCCAAGUUCCCUUGUGGUAUGUCAUUUAAUUCUCAGAAAAACUCAGGAGGGAAGCAAUUCUUCCUUCCUAAAUAUAAAGAGAACAAAUUUGCUCAGUUUCCAAGAAAAAAGUAGAAAGGCCAGAAUCUAAACCCAUGUCUCCUGGCCUUCAGAUCCCCUCUGGCCCCUGACUGUGUUCCCCAGUCCCCUUACCUAAAGGCCCAUCUUGCUUGAAGUACAACAAUCAGGAAAUUGAGCUGUUGGCCGAAAGUUGGCAUUGUGAGUGGAGUCUGGCCCAGCCUCUCCUCCUGUGACGUCCUCACAUCUGUAAAGCUGUGCCACCUGUAGAGGUAAAGGUGUGGCUGAAAGGCCAGAAGCACUGGGUUGGUUCCGUAGGGCACAAGGCGAAUAUUGCCAAAGCAGUGGAAGAUUUCCUGUUCUGUCAGGGAAAUGAGGGAAGAUGUGCCCAGGGAAGGUGCGGCCUCCAGCAGAUGUGCCACAGUAAGAGCCACCCACCUGCCAAAGAAAUUAAAUUGAUCUCUAAGAGCCUAAACAGUAAGUGAGCUGGGGAAGACGUCUAGGCAUGCUUCAUCCCAACCUAAAUACAUGCCUGCAGGGAACUGGUUUAGAAAAACAGGGUGCAGCCAGCAAAAGAUGGUUUUUAAAAAACAAGUAAUAUGAAAAUGUUGUCCUGAAUAAAGCAGUUUACUUACACA